AAUAAGAUAGCUUCAUUAUUCACAUUGCGGAUAACAGGACCUUUUACCUCGCAGCUCCCGCUACUAAUCGGCAUUGAGGUCCUUAUAAUCGUCACCUUUGUCCUCUCCAUUCUCACCUUAUUCGCUAGCACCUCGACAGGUUUACUCAGACAAUCUGCAAUUAUAACUUUUAAUACUAGCGCUCUCUCCUGCAAGCAGCCUAGACUAGUACGAAGUCAACUACUUAUCUAUAUGCUCUAGUAUGUGGAAUACAAAUGCCACUAAUGCCAAUAAGAACCAAAGCACAAGUAUAUGUGUCUGUCAGAAAGCCGGCUAUACUUUCUCGCUAGCGCAGAGUAGCAAUGCCGCACACCUGCCGCCAUUAGAUUCGUUAUACGGCACACUUGACACCAAGACGCCGCUAGUCCUGCUUACAAUCGGUAUUGCCUUAGCUAGUGUCUCUUUGCUCUCUUUAUUAUACGGCGUUGUCGUUCUAUUAGUUACGAGCACACCACCGGUACUCGUCUUCCGCGUCGGCUACCUGGCUAGCGUACCCACGGUCAUUCUCCUUACGAUCUCCUCGGCGAAGAUUACAGCGCUAGCCGACAAGAUAACAGGGCCUAAAGACAUUAGUGCUAGGGUAAUGACCCACGCAUGGAUGGGGUGGGCUUUCUAUGUCUCGACGUGGUUGGCUGCGGGCUUUAUGUGGGCUGCUUUGGGCUUCAGUAUCGCGGGGGCGUUUAAGAUCGCCCAUGUACUGGAAGUCCGGAAGUCGAAUACCUUACGUGUUCGAGUGGAUAAGGCAGGAUAUUAAAGAAAAUAUCUGCUCAAGUUGGCUCAGGCGAGUCUUUUGGCUGAGCCGAGGGUGAGCUGAGAGUGAUAGGUUGCUUGUACAAGUUGACAGU